AUGAGUCAAGAAAGCGGUGUUAAGAGGGUUGAUUUCAAAUACAAGAUUGGGAAGGUUAAGCAGACUCCUCCUGUAAUGAAGGAUCCCAAAACAGGACUUGAAUACAUUGAGUUGAAAAAACGAGAUGGCGAACAGGUUUACGGGGUCACUAAAUUUUUGGGAAAUUAUAAAGAGGAAAAGAAGUUGGGUCAGGGAACCUUUGGGGAGGUUUAUAAGGGGAUCCACUUGGCCACCCAAAGACAAGUAGCGAUGAAAAAGAUCUUGGUGAAGGCAGAGAACGACCUGUUUCCUAUUACUGCACAACGUGAAAUAACCAUUUUAAAGAGAUUAAACCAUAAGAAUGUUUUGAGGUUAAUAGAGAUGGUUUAUGACCAUUCGCCGUUUCAGAAUGGGAAUUCAUAUGGCCAAGAUUCCGCGCAAUCAAGUGGGGCCAACGAUUCAUUAAAAUCAUUUUACAUGAUUUUGCCUUAUAUGGUUGCUGAUAUAUCUGGUAUUUUGCACAAUCCAAGAAUGACUUUAGAUAUGGGGGAUAUCAAGAAUAUGAUGCUCCAGAUUUUUGAAGGUAUAAACUAUAUUCAUUGUAAAAAAUUUAUGCAUAGAGAUAUUAAGACGGCUAACAUUUUGCUCGACCAUAAGGGUAUUUUGAAGAUUGCUGAUUUUGGCUUGGCCAGAAAUUAUUAUGGAGCGCCUCCGAAUUUGAAAUAUCCUGGUGGUGCAGGGACUGAUGCAAAAUAUACUUCAGUUGUUGUAACGAGAUGGUAUAGAGCCCCAGAGUUGGUCUUGGGCGAUAAAAAUUACACUACUGCAGUAGAUAUUUGGGGAAUUGGAUGUGUCUUCGCCGAGUUUUUUGAGAAAAAGCCAAUUCUACAAGGGAAAACCGACAUAGACCAAGGUCAUGUCAUAUUUAAACUAAUGGGAACACCAAGUAAUGAUGAUUGGCUUCUAGCUCGUUAUUUACCAGGAGCUGAACUAACUAAAACUUAUUACGAGCCGACAUAUAAGGAAAGAUUUGGGAAGCAUUUGAGUGAGAGUGGGUUAGAUUUGCUUUCCAAACUACUUGCAUUAGACCCUUAUAAACGAGUGACGGCGAUGUCUGCUGUAAAACAUCCUUUUUUUUUAGAAGAACCGUUACCAAAACAAGAAUUAAAGUUACCAUGCGAAGAGAGCCAUGAAACUGAUAUUGCACGUUAUAGAAAGGAGCUUCAUCAAAGUAUGACAAAUCUGCCACCCGCUGCGCCAUCGGGUCAUAUAGCUGAGGUUGGACAGCCUCAAGCACCGCCUCAGCCUGCUAGAAUGAUUCCCCCGCCAUCAUCUUUACCGCCUAGGCCGAAAGCAAUACCCUCAGGUCCAAGAUUCAGAGAUUCUGCUCCACAGAACAAAGUAACCAAACCGCCAAGUCGUUAUUUGGGUGCCCAACAUCAAUAUAACAACAACAAUAUCAAUAACAAUGCGAGCAGCAAUACUACCGCAAAUGCAAACACGAGCACCAACAAUUACGGAAACCACUACAAUAACUGGGCGGGACCAGCAAUGGAUAGAGAACGUGAUCAUCGAUAUUAUGGUCCUUACCCAGAAUCUUACCCUCGCAAAGGAGAUCGCUAUAAUAGGGAUGACCCGCAAUUUAAUGGCUAUGGUUACAGGCCAAGAGGUUACCAGAGAACAAAUGGUUGGCGCAGAGAAGUGGACGCAAGAUAUCAAAGGCCUCAUGUUUCAGUCAACGGUCCAAAUUAUAGAGCUGCAAGGCGUGAUACGUACAAAGCUCUAGAAAGGCCGCCACAACCCUAUCAUGGUUCGGAUUUCAAGUCAGGUAAUGAAUCCAGCAUAACUUCCUCCUCAUCGGCAAAAACUGGCGCCAGUGCGUCGAUAUCAACAACUUCACCUGCAUCUACAUCUGCGGCUACCGUUACUUCUUCCGCUGUGUCCAGAGAUGUGCAGACUUCCUCUUCUGGACGACUACGAGAAGAAACUGAAGCAAACAGCAGAGCAAUAAAUACUCAGCAGUCGCGUGUAAAUGCAUUGGAAGCACGUAUUUAUGGGCGCGAUGAAAAACAUCAAACAGAUCCUAGUAACCGACAGUAUUCCCGUUCUGGAUCGGCCUCUAAGAACUCGGAAAAUGGAGGUUCAAAUGAUACAAACGCUGAUCCGUCAAAGAGAAAUAUCGUAGAUUAUUAUUAG